CCAAUCAGCCAUUUUAUAUCAGGAAGUCGACGAACACAGCCGAGCGAAUCUUCGAUUUCCGGGUUUUGGGUGGACCGAUGUAUGUAGUGUAGAGCAUGAUAUGACAAGAGUAGCAUUUAUUUACCGUAUACGACGUCUAUUUAAACAACGUUCUAUAGAAUGGUUCCCAGUAAAUAGUGGUGAUUCAUUGAAAUUUAAUUAAAUCAUCAGAGAAAGUUAUUUCUGUAGCGGCUGCAAUGCAAAGUACAUUUAUUUAUAGGCAGUUGUGCUUUUCUUGAUACACCAUAAAAGGCUGUAUCAAGUGAAAUCAUAAGAUCAAACUGAUUGUUGGACGUGGACUAUGCCACCACCUCCACCGCCCCCUGGACCUCCCCCACCACCAACUUUUAAUCAAGCUAAUACAACUCCUCCUGUUCUAUCAAAAAAUGAAGCAAAAGGCAGAUCAAAUCUUUUAAGUGAAAUUCAUAAGGGUAAAAAGUUGAAUAAGGCUGUCACUGUUGACAAAAGCAAACCUGUCUUAGGAAAUGCCAAAUCUUCAGGAGGAGGUGGAGGAGGUGGAGGCGGCGGAGUCAGAAGUAACACAGGCAGUGGUGGCGGUGGUGGAGGAGGUUUUGGUGGUGGUGGUGGUGGUGGAGGAGGUUUAGGAGGACUAUUUGCCGGUGGAAUGCCUCAAUUAAGGAAAACUGGUAAUUUGCCUGCAUCUAGAUCAAGUCAAGGUCCUACUCCUCCCAGGGCAAGGGCGCCACCUUUUGUACCAAAGUCAAAUGUAAGCAGUAAUAGCGGACAGUUUAGGCCGCCAGCACCAAAUUGUCCACCACCUCCACCUGGAAGUCGACGACCUGUACAAAAUGGGGCUAGGAAUACAGGACCUUCUCGUCCUCCCCCGACGCAAAGAAUGAAUAACUUUGCACCUCCACCACCACCCCCUCAAACCAGUAAAAGUUCUGUGGCACCUCCACCACCCCCAGAUAGACGUCCCAUUUCAUCACAUAACCAACCCCCGCCACCUCCACCUCCAUCACAAGACAAAAAACCAGUAAAUGGUAUAGGUAGGCCACCACCACCACCGGCUGGACCUCGUGGUCAACCACCACCACCACCAUCAAGAGGAUCAUCUACUUUAACUAAUGGACCUGUACCAGCAGUACCCAGAAGAGAAGCAAAUAGAGCUCCUGAAAGAAGGCCUCCCCCAACCCCAGCAAGGGCAACUGGUCCUCCACCUCCUCCCCCUCCAUCAAGAACAGUAUCUUCAGCUUCUAGACCAAUGAAUACUCCCCCACCACCACCACCUCAAGCAGCACGGCCGCCGCCGCCACCCAGAGGAAGAGCAUCAUCAACAUCUGGUCCACCACCACCUCCAAGAGCUAGACCAAAUUCUAUGGCUGGGCAUCCUAAUAAUGCGCCACCACCACCACCUCCAAGCAGGGACAGACCUCCAUUGACACCUUCAAUGAAUAACGUAACAAAUAAUAAUCAUCCUUUCGAAAGUCGUUUUAAUUUUCGAUCUAUGAAUGAUCUACCACAACCAGAAGUUUACAAGAAUACAGCAAAAACCUACCCAAGCAAGUCAAGUAGACAAAGUGUUUUGAGUGAUGACUCCACCUCUUAUGAACAAGGUAUUAACGGUGUGAAGCGAGGUCCUCCACCACAACCUCCCGUCCGCUAGAUUUCCAGGCUAAAAUGUUACUGUCAACAGAUUUAUGCAUCGUAGACUACAUUCAGCCCACAAGCCAAAGCUUCAAGAAUGAAUUACGUUUGGGUUUACAGACAGGCGAUGUUGGCAUAUUUUGAUACGUGUCUGGUGCAUGACGAUCCAGCUACUGCGGCAUGGAGAAAGGCUGUUGAAUGUGCGAUGCAAAUUAGACGGUGGUUAUGCAUUUGGAUCAGUAUAGGACUAUGAUUUGUCUGCAUACCCAAAGUAUUUCUACUGGAUGAACUUUGAUCCUGACCUACAAGCAGUUCGAUUCCAGAUCCUGAGGUCAGCAUACUAGAUUGUUGGUACUGUUCAAUGCUGUGCUGGCCUGUCUAGCACUUGGUUGCUAAGGUACAAUGGUGUCCUCAACAUUGAUUAUCUGGAAGUAUCUUAUGUACAUUCUACUUACAAUGCAACAGACUAAAUGUAUUAGCAGUCUCUGUGAGGUGUAGGGAUCUGCUGAUAAGUGUAGCAGCAAGCUAUGUGAGGUGUAGGGAUCUGCUGUGAUGCAUGCCAAAGUUCAGCGAACCAUGGCUGUUUUCAGUCACAUAAUUUGGUUUAUUGACAAAGUUGUGUCCCAAAAUGGCAAAGUAAGCUAGGUAACGGAUUUGUCUCUUUGCCUCAUUUUGCAAUACACACAAUAAUAUUUAACAAGUUCUGAAUGCAUAAUAUUAAUGACUUUAAAAAGUAAUUAUUUUUUAAUUAUGUUUUGUAGAAAUUUAUAUAUAUAUAAUAAAUACAUAUAUAUAUAUAUAAUUAUAUAUAUAUAUAUAAAAAGAGAAAAACAUUUUCUCUUUGCUAGCCUGUAUUACCAUUAUCUGUAAAUACUUUUGGAAAAUCACUGUAUAUUAUUUACUUAAUUUUUUUGUUGGUUGAUAUGUUUGGAAUUUACUAAUUACCUAAUGAUUAGGAAUGGGAUCCCUUUACUCUCCCAAUAUAUAUUUACUGGAUGUUCCAAUUUGGAUCAACAGAUUUUAGCAUUAUAAAGAUGAUAGAGACUGUCCUUGUAAGCAGGAAUCAAUAGUUAGUUUACAAAAGCCUUACUGAGACUAUUGCUUACAGUGUGUCAUGUUUGACCUUUGAAAAGCUACUCCGUCUCACAGGAUGUACCCACAGCUAUGUCAUUGUUAUUGUGAAGUCAGGAUGUUGUGUGGUAUUAUUUGGCAUUUCAGGAUGUUGUUGUAUGCAGCGAGAACUAGUGAAAUAUUCCAUGGAAUUGUACAUUUUAUCUUGGGCUUCCAAUUCUUUGUCUUCUUUUGUAUGGAGUAGGGAAUGUUGUAAUAUUACUGUUAUGGGGUUCAGGACUGGUUUGUAAUGUCUAUUAUGGGUCCUAAUUUGAACUUUCCUGUACUUCCGUUUAUUUCAGGUUAUGAUCCCCACCAUAAUAAUGUUCUCUCUGCAAUACUAUUAUUGUAUAUUUGUAGGAUUAUCCAGGAAUGAAAAAGAAUACAUUAAUUAAUUUGGUUGAAUUGAAUAUGUCAGUCUGUAAACACGAGUGUUAAAUAUUCUGCUUUAAACUCGCUGGAAUUGAACAAUUUCUUGGUAUUGAUGUUGAAAUGUUAUUUAUUUUUGCAUUAAGCUGGGCAUUGUCUGCACCUGAUGGUCUCAAUGCCAUGACACGCACACAACGCAUCUUAAUGACGAUGUGAGAAGCAGAGAUGUCGCCGUUCGUGCGCCAUGUGGGUCUGGCUUGCAAAGUACUCUUUAAUAUUUGCACAAUUAAAACAUAAUUAAGUAUAUCUGCUCCAAAUUUAAUGGUAAGCAACCCAUACACACCCUAACACAUUCACCCCUCCCACAAAUAACAUUUUUUAUAUCAACUGUUCAUGCACAUUUUAGAAGUGUAGGUUUGUGCUUGAACCAAAUCUUAGCAAAAACAAAACUGUCUUUGUAGGAAUUUAUGGUUAAGGCCUAUUUUACACAAAAUGUGACAGUAAGAAACAAACACAUUUUAUCCAUUUUGCAACAAAAAUCAUCACAUAUGCAAAUGUUGUGUGGUUGGUUCUGCAGUCUGCAUCUCAGCGAAUGAUUAUGAGAAUCACCGAUAAUAAUAGUUUGACAUGUCGCUCUGUUAGUGUUCAGUGUAGAUCAUCAUAAAGAAUAUACAGUAAUAGGUUCUAUUUUUCAUGUUGCUGUUGUGCUCGUGUGUAAAUAGGCCUUAAUGGUACAAAAUGUUUUUGAAUGUGUUUUGUGAUAGGAUAAUUUAAAAAGGUUUCCUUGGGAUGAAAUCAUUGAUUUAGAAAUUUCAUAAGGACGGUUUUUUAAAUGAUAUAGUUGACAUAAUUUAAAACUCUGUAUGACAGAGGGUGGUCGUAGCAUUUGGUGACACAGGAAUCCUAUAUGCUGCUUGAGAAGCCAGACACUCAUGCAAGAGUGGUACAGCUGCCUAAAGCAGGAUGAUGUCAUUGCAGGAUUAUCAAAUGUGCGCUUUGGUAUAUUUAUAAGGCAGUGUAUUUUGGAGGUACAGACAGUCCUCUUAUAUUGGUAACCAUGUACUGUGGUUGUGGACAGUGGCUGAAUCAUGUGUAAACAUGUGCUCAUUGUUUCACUCAAUUUGUUAUCUUAACUGCAUUAAAUUAAAAACUCUGUGAUAUUUUCUGAGUACGUACUUAAAAUAACUAAUGUUUGCAAUUGCCAUGUUUUUACUUUAGAUCUGAAAAUUGCAAUAUUUAGUUAGAAUUCACAUUUUUCUGUUAAGCUCAUGAAUGGCAUUUUAUUGUAAAUAUACAAGUAGAAUCCUUUAAAAUACAGAUUCAUAAUCCUUCACAAAUUUGUAUCAUAAUGAAUCUAUUCUAACGUAUUAGGUUGGUUGCCAUGACAAUUGCGAUGAUGGCAACACAGUUGAUUCAAGUGGAAUUAAAUCCAUCACACAAUCUAGCAAGAAA